AUGGCUUCAGAUCCGGGUCUGGCCGCGAUGCUGCUAUGGACUAUAUCACUACAGGCUCUGGGCACUGCAGGAACUCACAGCAACGAAGUGAACCUACUGGACACGACGACGAUCACAGGAGACUGGGGCUGGCUAACAUACCCGUCACAUGGGUGGGACGCCAUUAACGAGAUGGACGAGUUCUUCACCCCCAUCCACACGUACCAGGUCUGUAACGUGAUGAGCCCGAGCCAGAAUAACUGGCUGAGGACGGGCUGGCUUCCCCGAGACGGAGCCAGAAGGAUCUACAUCGAGGUCAAGUUCACCCUCAGAGACUGCAACAGCAUGCCUGGAGUACUGGGAACUUGCAAGGAAACCUUCAACCUGUACUACUAUGAGUCCGACAGAGCUGUGGGCUCGGCCGUACGGGAGAACCAGUUCAUUAAGAUUGACACCAUCGCUGCUGACGAGAGCUUCACCGGGGUGGACCUGGGGGUCCGCAGACUCAAACUCAACACCGAGGUGCGAGGCGUGGGCCCCCUCAGCCGACGGGGCUUCUACCUGGCCUUCCAGGACAUCGGCGCCUGCAUUGCCCUCACCUCCGUGCGCGUGUACUACAAGCGCUGCGCGGGCGUGAGCCGCAACCUGGCGGUGUUCGCCGAUGCGGUGACGGGUGCUGACUCGUCCUCCCUGGUGGAGGUCAGGGGUCAGUGCGUGGACCACGCGGAGGAGAGGGACACGCCCAAGAUGUACUGCAGCGCGGAGGGAGAGUGGCUGGUGCCCAUCGGGAGAUGCGUGUGCUGCGCCGGAUUCGAGGAACACAGAGACUCCUGCGUGGCCUGUGAGGUGGGAUUCUAUAAGCCGGUGGCGGGCAACGGCCUGUGCGGUAAAUGUCCUCAACACAGCCACUCGGAGACCCGGGCCGCCCUCUCGUGCCCCUGCGACUCCAACUACUACCGAGCAGCAGACGACCCGGCGGCGGCUUCUUGCUCCCGCCCUCCAACAGCUCCGGUCAACGUCAUCUCCUCUGUCAAUGGGACGUCAGUGAAUUUAGAGUGGGAGCGCCCUCUGGAUACCGGAGGGCGCAGCGACCUGAAGUACAGCGUGUUGUGUCAGAAAUGCUUAGGGGAAGGGAGGCCCUGCCAGGACUGUGCGUCCCCCCCGGGUACCGUCGGUGGCGGGAAGGCAGGCGGAGGGAUGAGCGCCGGGAUCGGAGGGCUGGUGGAGCGCUUGGGCACGGCAGCGGUUCGAUUUGUUCCCCACCAGACGGGGUUGACGGAGCCCUGGGUGACGGUGCUCAACCUGGUGGCUCACACCAACUACUCCUUCCGUCUCCUGGCCAUGAACGCGGUGACGCACCUGAGCAACGAGCCGUCGCCUUACGCCUUGGUCAACAUCACAACGAACCAGGCAGCCCCCUCCGAAGUGAUGGCGAUCCGGCAGGAGAACACCAGCCAGAACAGCGUGAUGCUGCUGUGGCACGAACCCGACUGCCCAAAGGGGACCGCUCCUCUGCGCUACAACACUAUGACCAUCACCUGGAUCUGCAUGGCCCUGGUGUCCGGCCUGGUCACUUUUCUGGCCAUCAUCAUCUGCAGGAAACGGCAAGGCUACACUUUACCACACUACCCAUCGCUGCUACACUGUGGCUACAGUAAAGCCUUUCAGGACUCUGAUGAGGAGAAGAUGCACUACCAGAACGGUCAUGUGUCAUUCCCCGAAGCAAGAUUCUACAUCGACCCGCACACUUACGAGGACCCCUGCCAGGCGGUCCACGAGUUUGCCCGAGAAAUUGAAGCUUCCAGGAUCAAAAUAGAGAAAAUCAUUGGCUCAGGGGAGUUUGGGGAGGUGUGCUAUGGACGCAUGAGGCUCCCGGGGAAGCGAGACAUCCCAGUGGCCCUGAAGACCCUGAAGGCGGGAUAUACGGAGAAGCAGAAGAGGGACUUCCUGGCAGAGGCAUCCAUCAUGGCCCAGUUCGACCACCCCAACGUCAUUCACCUGGAGGGAGUGGUGACCCAGAGCAAACCGGCGAUGAUCAUCACCGAGUACAUGGAGAACGGCUCUAUGGAUUCCUUCCUCAGGAGGCACGAUGGCCAGUUCACCAUCAUCCAGCUGGUCGGUUUGCUGCGCGGUAUCGCGGCCGGCAUGACCUACCUGUCUGACCUGGGCUACAUCCACAGGGACCUGGCUGCCCGCAACAUCUUGGUCAAUAGCAACCUGGUGUGUAAGGUGUCUGACUUCGGCCUGUCGCGGGUGUUGGAGGACGACCCCGACGCUGCAUACACCACCAGUGGCGGGAAAAUUCCAAUCCGCUGGACAGCCCCCGAGGCCAUCACCUACAGGAAGUUCUCCUCAUCCAGUGAUGUGUGGAGCUACGGCGUGGUCAUGUGGGAGGUGAUGUCCUACGGAGAGCGACCGUACUGGAACCUCACCAACAGAGACGUGAUCAAAUCCGUGGAGGAGGGCUACAGGCUGCCCGCUCCCUUGGGCUGCCCCGGUCCCAUGCACACGCUCAUGCUGGACUGCUGGCAGAAGGACCGCAGCGAGAGGCCGCGCUUCUGCCAGAUAGUCACCGUUCUCGACAAGCUAAUCCGCAACCCGGAGAACCUGAAGUCCAUGAACAUGCUCUGCAGUUUAAACAGUCCUCCGCUGAUGGACAGAGCUAUCUCCGACUUCAGCAGCUGUAACUCAGUAAACGACUGGCUGGACACCAUAAAGAUGAGCCGCUACAAGGACCACUUUAAGGCAGGCGGUUACCAAACACUGGGACACGUCAUAAGCAUGAACCAAGGGGAUAUCCAGCGGCUCGGCGUGACACUGAUGGGCCACCAGAAGAAGAUCAUGACCAACGUCCAGCUGAUGAGGGGGCAGGUCCUCAACAAGAGUGUGCCGUCCGUGCACGUAUAACUCACAACGGCAAGGUUUCUCUCUGCUUCAAAUCUAGAAACCCAGGCUGCUACAAGGUCUAGAAGGACUCCGUGGAAUUCAAGAUGAUCCGAUGAACGGGAGAGGAAGAUGUGCGGGAACUUUAUAAGACUUUUUCUCCCGAAGAGAGUGAAGAACAAAAUGUGAAAGGUUUUAACUGUGGAGCGAGUCAAACACAUGACUUCUUUGGGACAAGUCCGACCUUUCAUUUUUUUCUUUUUUUCUUUUUCCCUAUCCAAACCCAUUUUCUGAGUUUAAACGUCUCGCUUACAAAUGGAAAGACUGCCUUAAUCACCACAAAUUAUUUGAAAUUGUAUCGCCACCGGAGAGAGCAUAA